AUGGUGGCGUUUACGAAAUUCCUUUGGCUGGCUUUGACUGCCACUGCUGCCACUGCUGCAGCCAUCGUUCAGCGCGAUGUUGUUACCGUUCAGAACGAUAUUGCGCAAAAGAUUAGCCCAACCUGGGCUACCCUCCAUACCGAUAUCAAUGCUUUCCCGGACAGCGGCGUAUCAGGAGCAGUUACAAUCCGACUGGAUUUCACUAAUGCGAUUGCUGCUUUGAAUGCCACAACUGCUGAUAUUAAAAAUACUGUCUCAUUUGGCGUCGUCUCUGGCACAGCUAUCCUCGCCGAUGUUCAGCAGCUCGUGCCUACCUUUGUAGCCGCGAUAGUGAAGUUGGGGACCCAAGUGUCUUCUUGGAUCGCCAUACCAGAUGGGAAGGCUUUGAUUUUAUCCCAGCUCCGAUCAGCAGACGCCGCCGUGAUCGGGUUUCUUGAUGCCGUCAUCGCAGCUGAGCCUCAGCUUUUGAAGGCCGGUGGUCUAGCGAUCAAGGCCCAGAUGACGGCUACCUUCACCACUGCCAUAGCCGCCUACAGCGUAUAA